AACGAUGAAAAAUCAAAAUUUUUCCAAUUCAUUUUAUUUAAAGAUUGAUAUAUAAAUAAAAAAAAUAAAACUUACAUAUUUAAAAAGUAUAUCAAAAGUUCUAGAAAGUAAGAGAUGAUAAAAAUAUUUAACUACGUGAAAUAGUCAAUAAAAACAUACAAAUAAAUAAAAAAUUUCUUACUUUUUGAAUAGUAAACUAAAUAGUCACCGAGGGAGUAGAAAAUCAUUAUCCCGGCGAAGGCUAGCCCGCUUCGCCACUGUUUUACGAGCACCAGCUGGGUCCUCAGCCGGGUCGCCACCACCCUCUGAGUCGUGCACCGUUCAUCUCCCUUUCGGUCGCCCUCAUCCUCGCAUCGUCCCGGAUAGGUGCAGAUUUACAAGACAAUAAUAUGCGAGGUUCGUCUUCAACUAUGAAGUAUAACAAUGGAGCUUAUGUGUGUCGCAAGUGUGAUUGGGAAGGAAUAAGAAAAGUGGGCGGCCCGGAUUUGUUAGGUGAGGAUGGAGGGUUAAGAUUAAAUGUUGAAAAAUUGUUGUUAGAAUUUAUGUUGUAAGAAUAAGUGGCCUCAAAGGGCGCGGAUGCCCGUGUGCCCCAGAGCCUGAAGAAUGCAAGGCAAAACCAACACAGCCUACAUAGCUAAUCUUUUGCAGACCUGCAUAGAUACCAAAGCCCAAAUUGCAGGCAAACUUAUCCAUGGACAUGUGGUCCGGAUCGGGCUCUCUUCCGACACCUUUAUUGCCAACCGCAUCACGGAGUGCUACUCAAAAUGUGGUCUCAUCCGGGCGGCGCGCAAUGUUUUUGAUCAAAUGCCUCAUCCGAACAUAUAUUCAUGGCAUGCUAUGCUGAGUGCCUAUUGCAAAGCAGGCCAGCUAGAGCCUGCUACUGAUCUCUUUGUUAAAAUGCCUGAGAGGAAUAGUGUCUCAUGGAACACUAUGAUUAGUGCUCUAGCUCGAAAUGGACAUGAAAGAAAGGCAUUGGAGGUUUUCCGCAUAAUGGUUUCAGGCGGUUUUGAGCUUACCCACAUCACCUUGGCGAGCGUGUUGAGUGCUUGUGGUGGGUUGAAGGGUGUGGGGUUUGGGAGAGCAUGCCAUGGUUUUGCUGUAAAGUGUGGGCUUGAGAGGAGUGUUUAUGUUGGCAAUGCAAUGUUAAGUAUGUAUAUGAAAUGUGGCUGUGGUGGGGAUGCAGUAAAGAUCUUUGGGGACUUGCCCGAACGUAAUGAGGUUUCGUUCACGGCCAUGAUAUCCGGGUUGGGUGACAUUGACCAAGUGGAGGGCGCUUUUGACAUGUUUAGGUUGAUGCAACGGAACGGAUUCAAGAUUGAUCCCAUUUCGUUGUCGAGCUUUCUCAAGGUGUGUGCUAAGGGUGAUGGUGGUGACCUAAUAAUCGGUGACCUUAAUGCUUCCAAAAUGCGCAACGUCCCUGGGAAACAAGUCCACACACUUGCCAUCAAACUUGGAUUUGACAGCGAUCUUCGCCUCUGCAACUCACUGCUUGAUGUGUACGCGAAGAACAAGGACAUGAUGAGUGCAGAACUGAUUUUCCAGAACCUGCCCGAAGUUAGUACUGUUUCUUGGAAUAUAAUGAUAGGCGGGUUCGGGCAGAACUAUGAAAUAAAAAGAGCCAUGGAAUACAUGGAGCGCAUGCUGAGUUGUGGCUAUGAACCCGACGAGGUUACUCACAUUAAUAUGCUGGCAGGUUGUGUCAAAUCUGGGGAAGUUGAAGCUGCCCGUUUGCUAUUUGAGAGGAUGGUGUGCCCAAGCUUGAGCUCAUGGAAUGCCAUGCUUUCGGGCUACUCACAGAACGGCGAUCAAUAUGAAGCGAUAAACCUUUUCAGGAAAAUGCAAUUUCAAAACGUCCGAUCCGAUCGGACCACCUUUGCUCUCAUACUCACUUCAUGCGCAGAAACAUCACUUUUGGAUUAUGGGAAGCAGAUUCACGCCGCGUCAUUUAAGAAUGGCGUUCAAGGUGACAUAUAUGUAGCUAGCAGUCUUAUUGCCAUGUACACGAAAUGCGGUUCGGUAAAGGUGGCCAAAACCUUGUUCAAUAGCUUGCCUUGGUUGGAUAUAGUGUGUUGGAAUUCCAUGAUCUCGGGUUUAAACCACAAUUCCUUGGACGAAGAAGCCGUUUCCUUCUUUAAGAGAAUGCUGGCGAUGGGGAUGCCACCUAGUGAGUUCACUUAUGCAUCCAUGUUGAGCAGUUGCGCGAAAUUGUCUGCCCUAGCACUUGGGAGGCAAAUUCACGGCAUGAUAUAUAGAGGCGGGCACGGAAACGAUGUAGUCGUGGGAAGUGCUCUGAUCCACAUGUACUCUAGGUGCGGCGAUAUAUGUGGGGCCCGCCUCUGUUUCGACAGAAUCCACUGGAAAAACACCAUCACCUGGAAUGAGAUGAUACACGGCUACGCACAGAACGGGCAAGGAGACGAAGCUCAUCUCUUAUACGAGGACAUGAUCCGAACGGGGAAUGAGCCGGAUAGCGUGACGUUCGUCGCGGUUUUGACUGCCUGUUGUCAUUCCGGAUUAGUUGACCGGGGGGUUCGGGUUUUCAACUCGAUCCGGGACGGGUUCGGACUGGAACCCGUUGUUGAUCACUACACUUGCAUUAUUGACUGCUUGGGUCGGGCAGGGCGGUUCACCGAAGUGGAAGAAAUCUUGGAUACGAUGCCGUUCAGAGACGACCCGGUUCUGUGGGAGGCAUUGCUGAGCACAUGCAGGGUUCAUUCGAAUGUGGGUUUGGCUAGAAGGGCAGCAACCGAGCUUUCGCGUCUCGAUCCUGAAAACUCUGCUCCUUAUGUUCUUCUGGCGAAUAUGUACUCGUCUCUGGGAAGAUGGGAGGAAUCGAAGGCGAUCAGAGAGAUGAUGGAUGAGGGGGACAUAGCUAAGGGUUCUGGUUUUAGCUGGGUUGAAAACCACAAGGGAUUUGAGGAGAAUGAGGUCCAUAUUGUGGCUUCUUGAUACUCAUUCCGUCCCUAAAUUAACACUGGUUUUAGACUUUUAGUGUAAGUUGUUUAGAUACAAUGGUUCACUAUCUUUUGUUAUGAAAUAGUUAAGCAAUGGUUGUUUAAUGAGGCAACCUUCAAACUAAUUGAAGCAAUGGUGUUUUUAUGUCAUAAGACACCUCAGUAUUUUUUUAUUAGAUUAUUCAUAAGCAACUCAUAAACAACUUGCGUUUAA